AUGAAAUUUAUGCAUGAUGAAUAAAAAAUAAAGUAUAAAUAGAUUUAUUGCUAACUUUCUAAUAUUUUAAAAUAUUUGUUUGAAAUCGAACAAGCUGUUUGUUAAAAAUCAGUAUAUCUCCAGUAUUAGAUGAAAACGUGUGAUUCAAAUCACACUAAACAUGAUGCUAAAAUAAUUAGGAUAAUUUUAACAAAUAUUUAUUUAAACAGAUAAAAUUUUAAAAUCAUCCCCUUUUUAUUGUGUCUUAAUUUUUAAGAAAAUUUAGAUUUUUUAUAAAGCGAAAUUAUAAUUUCGCACUAUAUCAUAUUAGAACCUUAGAAAAAUUAGUACUAGACUGAUACAAUGUUUAAAAGAGUAAUUAAUAUUUGUUAAGUAUAACAUCUAAUUCCUUCUAUCUCUCUCCAGCUUAUUUGA